AUGUGUUUGCAUGAUUCAACUCAAAUGAUGAUAUCGACUUCAAUGACAACAAAUACAACUGGUACUUCUUCAUCAUCUACGACAACGCCGACAACUUCGACGACGGCGCCUAUGCCUAUUCCUACUUCUAAUACUAAUACUGAUAUGCUUCCGCCGAAAACUCCACAAUGUUCUAUCCCAUCAUCAUCAUCAUCCACAACAAAUUCAUUACACCAUUCAAAUCUAUAUCACCAUCAUCAACAUCAUCAUACAGAAAAUUCCCUUCCAGGUGGUGGCGAUGAUGAUGAUACUGCGAUCAGUUUAGAUGGGACUUGUUUUGGCGCUAAUCUUAACGAGGAUUCUAUGAUGAUAUUAUCACAAUCAAUUGAUUCUAUACAUACAGUUGGAACUAAUAAUGGGGAAGCGAAUGAGCAUCAAGUGCGUACACUGUUUGUCAGUGGAUUACCAUUGGAUGCGAAAUCAAGAGAACUCUAUUUACUAUUUCGAAGUUUCAAGGGCUAUCUCUCGUCAACUUUGAAACCAGCUGGAAAGAAUGGAAAACUUACAGCACCAGUCGGCUUUGUAACUUUUGAAUCAAGGGAACAGGCUGAAGAAGCUAUGACAAAACUUCAGGGUGUAAAGUUCGAUCCAGAUGGCAAUCAGCAUAUGCGACUAGAAUUUGCUCGUAGUAACACAAAAGUUACAAAGCCAAAAACAACUAUGCCAGUUAAUUUUCACAAUAUGAACGCGAUCAAUUCACAUCAUAAUGCAAUGAGUCAACACAAUUCAUUAGUGGCUAGUUUAGGUUCAUGUCAAGGGAAUCUUAUCUCACCUGGUAAUCUUACUGGUAUGGUGGCCAAUCUACAACCAUCAAUAUUUGCUCAAUUAGCAGCUGCUGGAUCAGCUAUUGAAUCACCCAACGGGAUUUUCACCUCAGCGACAGAUGCAUCUACAGCAGCGGCAGUAGCAGCAGCUGCCGCCGCAGCUGCCCAGUGGGCUCCAAUUUCUGCCUUACCUCCUUCACUUGCAUCCGCCUAUGAGAAUACCGCUUAUCUAUCAUCGGCAACUGGUUUACUGCAAGCGAAUAACUUUCGUACAUUGAUUUCGGGUAAUAUAAAUCCUGGUGCCUAUAAUCUGCAGACAGGCAGUCCAGGGCAACCAAUACCUAGUCUACAAAUGGUACAAGCUGCAAUUGCUCAUGCAAAUGCUGCCGCUGCCUUAUGCUCUGCGAAUGCUGCAUCUUCUUCUAUUUGUUCACCGUCUACACUGACAAUAUCACCACAGUAUAGUACACCCCAAGGAUCAUUUUGUUGUAAUACAGGAGGAGGUGUAUCGAAUUCAUCAAGUCCAAACAGUACUAUCACUGUUCCUACAGGAUCAUCUCCAGUCAAUAGUUUAUCGGGAAAUGCUAAUAAUACUACUAACAAUAAUAAUAAUAAUAAUCAAUUAAGGCAUAAUACUUAUUUUUCUAGUCAUCAAUCAUCUCAACCAAAUGUUACAUCACUUGUUGCCCAACUGCAACAACAACAACAACAUCAACAAAAUCAGACUUUAGCUGCUGUCCAUUUGAAUCAACAACAGGCUAACGUGAAUACUGCCAAUUCAACAUUUGGCUUUGCUAAUGUUGUCUCAGCGACAGCUGGUGCUCCUGGUCUACCGCCUCAAAUGGCAGCGGCAACAGCAGCUGCAAUCGGUCUUCUAGGUGGAUAUAAUUCAAUUAUUAAAGAACUCACAGGAAGUGAAGGUGGAGGUCAAAUUCAACCUGGUCUAUCACCAUAUCAACAAAAUGUAAACUUUUAA